AUGUGUGCUCAUCGCGAAUUGGUCGCUUUAAAGGCAUUAAAAGGUAUGAAAAAUGUUAGUCAACUAACAUCUUAUACACAGGAUAAUACAAAUAUACCGGAUAAACAAGAAGAUGCAAUAGCUGGAAAUAAAAUUUAUUGGACAAUUAUCAAUUAUAUUGAUGGUUGCACUUUAGAACAGUUUAUGGAAAAACACGAAAGCAUGGGCUUGCUGAACGCUAUUAGAUUAACUCAAAAACUACUUUUAACUAUUAAACAGAUUCAUGGCGUAGGUGUUGUGCAUCGUGAUAUAAAACCAGCUAAUCUAUUAGUUGUUCACGACAUGAAUACUCUCAUUGAAACAGCUGAAAUUCAUGUUAUCGAUUUUGGACUAGCAUACAUCGAAAAUCGUGAAGAUGACGUUGACUGGUCCGAAUUUGAAGAAAAAGAGAAAUUUCGGCAAACACACUUUGGUUGCACCUUAGGUAUUGCGAAAGAAUUGCGGCCAGGAUUAACAAAACAACUAAGAAGUUAUAUUAUGACAACAUUUGACAAAGGAUUUGAAAAUGCGGAAUAUCAGUGGACGGUUGAGCAAUUAGAGUAUCGGUUAGAAUCAAUUCGCCACAUUCUCGAGGAGAGCACCAUUCCAUUUGAUCAACAACUCAGUAAUGCUACAAGAAGUUUGCUUGCACUUGAAUCAGCUACUGCUCUUUUAAGUCAAUAUUCAAUCAAAAUAUUCUAUAAAGUUUCGGUUGCAUUUGAAUCUGCUAAGGCAAAAUUUAUCGCACGACAUCCAUCAUGUUCAUGGUAUGAUGGCCAUUGUUACUGGUUACAAUAUCGACAAGAUAUGACUGAACGUCAAAAUUAUGAUGUAUUAUCUUAUCACCAAAACAAACAACAGUGGAUAUUAAUAAUUAUUUGUUCGGUUCAUUUUGAUGAAAAUGGCGAUAGAAUUACAUUAUCGAUUGGCAGUGAUUUUAAUGGCAUCUAUAUUGAAUUACCAUUGGGUCAAUAUGCUCCUAUUGAAUUAGAUAGUUUAAAUAUUGAAGUUGAAUUUGAAAGAGAACUAAUCAAUCUACUACAAGUGAUGUGUAAAACAAAACCUACGACAAAUACAGGAACUGUCAAUUCAGCAAAUUAA